AUGCACAGAGCACUCCGAACUAGGGCUUUCGCAACACACGCCUCGUCCUCCUCCCUCUCUUCAACUCCCAAAGCAUUUGAUGUCAUAGUGAUCGGCGCCGGUCAUGCGGGGUGCGAAGCCGCGACUGCAUCUGCCCGCUCUGGUGCGCGGACGGCACUCCUAACCCAGUCGCUCAAGGACAUUGGUAACCUAUCGUGCAAUCCCUCCAUUGGCGGCGUAGGGAAGGGUACCCUAGUCCGAGAGGUCGACGCGAUGGGCGGGGUAUGCGCAAGCGUUGCCGACAAAGCUGGCGUGCAGUUCGUCACUCUUAAUAGAAGUAAAGGGGCAGCUGUUUGGGGUCCGAGGGCACAGUUAAGCCGGACGCUGUAUAAGAAGCAUAUGCAAGAGCUGCUGGGGAACUACCCGAACCUCACUUUGGUGGAAGGAGAAGUACAUUCCCUACUUCUCUCCCCCGGAGAUCCCUCCGCUCCUGGAAGGUGGGGAAGUGUCCAGGGUGUUAGGCUCAAUUCGGGCGACACCCUUUCUUCCUCCUCUAUCACAAUCUGCACCGGUACCUUCCUACAAGCGACCGUAAACGUGGGUAUGACAAGCACACCCCUCCCGCGACGAUCCACGCUUUCCUCUUCCCUUACCCAAGUGGGGCUCAAGUUGGGGCGACUGAAGACGGGAACGCCCCCGCGGUUGGACGGGAAGACGGUGAGUUUCGAGGGGAUGGUCGUCCAGGAGGGAGAGAGGGGGUGGAAGGGCUUUAGUUAUAUGUCGACGGGGGUAGCGAACGAAGAAAACCAAAUGUCAUGUUAUCUCACCCACACCAAUCCACGAACGCACGAAAUAGUCCGUUCAAACCUGCACAAGACCCACCAUAUAAAGGAGACAAUCAACGGACCGAGGUAUUGCCCGAGCUUGGAGGCGAAGGUUACGAGGUUUUCGGAGAAGGAGAAACAUAUUGUGUGGCUCGAGCCGGAGGGGUACGAUUCUGAGGUCAUCUACCCCAACGGGCUGAGCACUACGAUCCCUCCCGAAGCGCAGCUGGAGAUGUUACGCACUAUCCGGGGUUUGGAACGGGUAGAGAUACUACAGAAUGGAUGGGGGAUCGAGUACGAUUUCGUAGAUCCGCGAGAGCUGGAACGCACGCUGGAGACGAAGAAAGUACGCGGGCUGUUCCUCGCAGGACAAAUAAACGGCACAACAGGAUACGAAGAAGCCGCUUGUCAAGGCGUGAUUGCCGGUGCCAACGCAGGGCUCCAAGCGCAGGGAAGGGAGGAGCGCUUGGUGUUGAGCCGAGCGGACGGGCUUACAGGAGUGUUGAUAGAUGAUCUGGUCGAGAAGGGCGCGGAGGAACCUUACCGGAUGUUCACCGCUCGCUCGGAAUACCGCCUCACCCUUCGGUCGGAGAAUGCUGACACGCGCCUGACCCCUCUCGCCCACGCAGCAGGCAUCAUCCCCCCUUCCCGCUGGUCAACCUUCCGCUCCACCCAAUCCGAGCUCUCAUCCGCCAAAACGGCAAUGCAGGCUCUCCUCCUAACACCACACGAAUGGGCCCAGCAGGGUUUCACCCUCCAGCGCGAUGGGAUCCGGCGCAGUGCGUGGGAUUUGUUGCGGCACACGGACGUCAGCGUGCGGGAUCUGAUGCCCUUCGUACCCCUGUUGAAGGAUCUCGAGCCCCACCUCCUCCAGCGGUUGGAUAUAGAAGGCACGUACUCGACCUACCUCUCCCGUCAAGCGGCAGACGUGCUCUCCUACCUCUCUGAGGAUGGGCUCUCACUCCCCGAAAGACUGGACUAUGGGACUGUCCCCGGGCUCAGUACGGAGAUCAGGCUAAGGCUGGGGAAGGUCCGCCCAGGGAGUAUUGGUGCGGUUAAGAGGAUGGAGGGGAUGACUCCCGCCGGAGUGCUGGGGUUGGUGAGGUAUUUGAGAGAGGGGAGGGCAAGCGACCACUCGGGCAUUGGUGCUGUUUUCGGAGAGGCAGUGGAGAAAACGGAUGUUAUCGUGUGGAUUAUCCGAGUAUCAUACUGA